AUGGCUUCCUACGUCGCCAACGAGAAGUCCAAGGCGUGUGUCCUUAUUUUCCCAAAAGACAAACUGUUCAUCGGUGGUAGUAGCCCAUCCAUCGGUCAUGAGGGCGAGAUCAAGACCGAGUUCAUUUGGGCGGCUCCGGCUCAGGUUGAAGCAUAUGCUGGCGUUUCACUCACCUUCCCCAUCCUGCAAUCUGACGGUGUCGUUGCCACUCGCAGCCGUUCUGCUGGCCAAAUUCGCAAUGUCAUUACCAUUAAGCUCAAGUUCUUCGCCGACCAACUUGAUUUGCAGACCAAAGAAUGCGGCGAGCUCCCCUCAGAGUACCGGCAAUACGUUCCUGAUAAACAUCAGAAAGAUACAGCUUGGACAGCCAUCAAAAUCACCGGCCGACCCGCGAUCGACGGUUACCCCUUGCCUUUCGCCGCUGAUGAGCAAUACGCCGGCAUUCUGCACCGUGGCCAGCCCAUCAAAGGCAGCAUCAGUCUGAAUUCACUCUGCUACGGCACAAAGGAGUUCACCUGCCUGGUCAAGGUUGGGGACUGGUACAAAAAGGUGUCCUCGAUCCUGAGAAUCGUGAAAGAGCACAGGUUCUCGUACGACCCUUUCAGCAACAGGCCUGAUUGGAAUGUGGCACGUUUCACGAAGGAGUGGGAUGAAGCCGCUGGCCAGGGCCUUCUGUCGGAUCAGCACAUCGAAAUGUUUUCGCACUCGCGAUUCCGUCAUGUUUCGACCAGCUUGGUGCAUUCUGUUGCUGGAGACAUCGUUCACCUGAUCCGACAGGUCGAAGUCAUGCGCGACGUUCCCAUCAAGGUCCGCUACCUCCGGCUCAGCCGAGAUGAAGACCAGCCUGGCCAGCUCUUGUACGCCGUCAUGCUUCUAUCAGAUGAAUUCCGUGCCGAGUACGGACAAGCUCUGCGUCGCACAGCCCAGCUCGGUGACUCGGUCGGCAUCGCGUUCCAGCCCAAACCAAAGCCCUUGAAGCUGAGGGACCCCAUGCCGGAUGAUGUCAACUACUGGCCAGGAACUGUCGUCAAUCCGUCUGUCUCGGAGCUCGACCACACAGGCAACUUCGUUCUGCUUGUGCAACGCCCUGAAGCUACCAAGGUGGCUGGAGACGCCGAUGCCAAAGAGACCGCCUUCCUCAAGAUCGAUCUGAAUCUUUCGACAUACAAACGCCUCGUCGAUGCUGUUCAUCGUCUCUUAUCUUGGGACAGGCUGAAGAACGAAUUAGAGUCUGACAUAGCCUACGACCCAGCGGAUGUCUUGAACAUUCCGCUUCCUGACCCCGACCGCGUUCAGUCAGAGCAGUCCGAAAAUGCCGAGGAUGCCAUCGCGUCUGAGCAGUCUCUCACGCAGACUUUGGUUAUGGAGCGGCUUGAAUUCGAGCAAGAGCUGCAACAGCAGUUCAUUCAGGGAAACGGCCUCCGCGGUUUAGUGUUUGGCCCGCGUCGUCCCACGCCUGCUCAGCCUCUAUCUGCAGCCUCCAGCCCUCGUACCGGAGCUCCUCUUUUCACAGAUCGGCUGUUCGCCUCCACACUGGAGAAAUUCUACAAAGAUUGUGUUUCUAACCCGAUCAAGCCGUUGGCGCCAAGAGAGCACGGCACCAUUCCAGCGAUCAACUUCCUUUCGACAAGAGAUGAGCGGUUCUGCGAGCUUGUCCUAUCUCGCCUGCGUCCAGUCACACGUCAGCGCCUCGAAAAAUAUCUCAAAGCUGUGCCCCUUGGCGUCCUGAUGGUCACUGGAUUUCCCGGAGCCGGCAAGACUGAUGUCAUUUCUACACUUGUCAACAUUCUGCUUGAUCACGACGAUUUCGAUAAGUUGUUUGUGUAUGCCAGCUCCAAUGCCGCAUACAAGCUCAACCGACAAUUCGUCGAUGAGUACAACAAGAGCCUCCCCAGCCAUCGCCACCGCCAAUACGCCGUCGUCAUUCGUGGCCAUAACAUCCAGUUGGAGCAUGAGCGCAUCCUCAGCACUGUCAACAACGCCUUCAACCGCACUGCGCAUUACAACUCACAGCAGCUGCCAAGGUCCAAGCGCGUGUUCCAGAUGCCAUUGUCGGUCGCUGAGUGGGUACUCAAAAUUGUUGGUUUCGGGAACUAUCGACUCAACACUCAUGACUCUGGCGAGCUUCACGAUCUCCGCCUUCAAUAUCUCGCCCUUCCGGCAUAUGAUCCCUUGCGCCGCUUCUUUGGUGGUGGGAAGUCUUGGGACGACAUCGUCACAGAAUGGAAGACUCACUAUCCCGGUCCAAACGAUGCAGACCUGAUGCGGAAGCCAGACAACCUCCUCAGCAAUCUGAUGACCAGCGUCAUCUCUCGUGCUGAUGUCCUAGCCGCAACUCCCCACGUCGCCAAGGACAACGCCUACAUCUGUUUCACUCGACAGAUCGCCAAGGCCAGUGUUCUUGAUGAAGCUGGCGCCAUGAAUGUUCCCCAAGCACUCCUAGGUUGGCCAAACUUCCGUGCCUGGCUCCUUGCUGGCGACGAGCGCCAGCUUCCACCAACGGUCAUGACGCUGCAUGAGAAAGACUCGUCAGGCAACUCCAGAGACGCGAAGCUGCGCAUCGUUGACGGUGGUUUCGAUCCCGCAUCCGAGGUAUUCUAUCCCGAUGUGAGCGACUUCACAUAUGCCGACAGUUGUGGCAUCGCGAAUCGUCCCAAGGCUGUUGCUGCAGAGAAGUGGGCGGUGUCAAAGUACAAGACCAUCAAGAGCAAGCAGCACAAGGGCAAAAUCCAGCCGGUCUUCAUCCAUGUUCAGUGUCAAUGUAAGGUUGAGGAGCUCACAGCUUCGCGCUACAACAUCCAGCAGGCCGACAAGACGAUCCAACUCAUUCUCGAGCUGAUGAACGCAUCCAAUGGCACGAUCGAUGCAGAGGAUAUCGGCAUUAUCUUCCCUUAUGCGGCCAUGAACAGAAGACUAGAGUCGCUGCUCGAGGGAGAGCCAAGCCUCGACAGAAAGGUGACGGUCCACACUCCCGAUACAUUCCGAGGCCGAGAAAAACCCGUCAUUUUCUAUGUCCUCACUGUCGAGAGGGGGUCCACCGCCGGCCACGUCGCUUCGCGACAGCGCUCCGCUGUCGGUAUCACCCGCCAUACUGAUGGUCUUUUCAUCAUCGGCGACAUCGAGACAGUGAAGCCAGAGGAUGCCAAGAAGAAGGCUGUUGCAGUGACCAACGACGAUGGCGAAGUCGAAAUGAUCGACCUUCGUUCCUUCUCUCAACUGUUGCAAUGGUUCACCCGCGAGAAGCGUGUCGGUCUUCCAUAUGACGAUGAAUGGCAGCAAGUCAAGCCAGCUAAGAAGGAUGAAUACUAUGGCCUUGUGCUAUGA